AUGCCGGACGGCGUUGUAGGCGUUGACGUAGAACCGUCGGGCAAGCCAGAACUGGAUGUAUGUGCCGAGACAGAACUCAAACACGGUCUCGAGAAACAGACCGUGGUACAGCGCGACAGGCGUCCAGUGGACGUGCAGAAUCAUGGCCAGCAGUGGCCAUAUGUGAUGGCGGAAGAAAAUCGGGAACCCGAAGGCCACCAUCUUCAGAAACGUCUGCCGCCAGUACGCCACGUCUUUGACCUUCAGCAGCAGCUCGAGCUGCGAUGCGGAAUCCAGGUUCGAGCUCAGGAGAGCGUCAAAUCCGCAAUCCUCUAUGACCUCCAUGAUUUUUCUUAUGCCUGUGCGGUUGGUGUCGUAGACAAUUCGUGCUUCUUCGGUGGCCAGGGCCACCUGACAGCUCACGACGCCGUCCAGCUUGCCGACGGCGUCCUCGAUCGAGUUCGAGCAGUUCGAGCACGUCAUGCCGUAGAUCUUCAGCGUCAGCGACUCGUUGUCGUUGAUCGCGUGCUCGUUCUUCGUUUCCAGCAGCGUGGCCUCGAACCCGCAGUCCACCACGGCCUCGCACAGCCUGUCCGCCGCACACGUGUGCGUCACAGUGGCCUGUUCGGUCAAAAGCGAGACCUGCACCGCCCGGACUCCGUCCACCUUUUUCAAGGCAUCUGUCACGGCGUUGACACAGGAACUGCACGUCAUGCCUCCUACGGUGAGGUAGGACGUUCGGAUUUCUGCGGCCGCGUUCUCCGACGCUAUCACGCUCGCUCCGAAGCCGAUGUCCUCGACGGCACACAGCACGCACGUGACGAGCGAGUACAAGAAUGUGGACCAGCACCCGACGUUGUAGGCUUUGAUGAGAGUGGGCACGGCCCAGUCGGGGGCCGUGCGGAUAUAUGCUGCGUUGUGGAGCGCCCUGGUGACGAUCUGGACGAGCUCUUUCUUGGGGACGCCGUCGGGGGCGUGGCUCGCAAGCGCAGACCGCAUGUAGCUGCUGAGGUGCCACUGGAACAGCAGAGAAGCAACGGACGUGCCGAGCGUGGAGCCUGUGGAGCGGAACGCGUACUGGAUGGACGUGACGGCGGACUGGUGGUCCUGGGGCACGGACGCGAUCAGGGAGAGGAGCGUGGUGGUCAGCAUGGACGCGUAGGCGCAGUAGGGGACCGCCGGCAGCGCCAUGACGACGUAGGUCGAGACCGGCCGGUCGGCACGGGCGGGCUGGGUGCACAGCACGAGGGCCGUCAGACUGAGCACGCCGGCCGCGGCGCUCGCCAGGGAGAAGUUGCGGUACUUGCCCGUCACCUUCAUGUAGUAGCCGGACCCGAUCGACGAGAACGACGACAGGACGAUCGACGGGACGAGACGGUUGCCGACCUGGCCGGUGUCAAACCCGUACACCGUCGACAGGUACACCGGGUAGUAGUAGAGCACGCAGCUGAUGUACAUGGUGCCGAACCAGUUGGCCAACGAGGAGCCGAGAAUCGAGCGGUUCCUGAGCAGCUCGAGCGGCAGGACCGGGUCGACGGCGGAGGUUUCUAUUUUGACGAAGGUGGCGAGCGACGCGGCAAGCGCGAGACAGAGCAGGACAGGCCCUCUGGACGAGUCGAACUCGAAAGACGUGAGCAGAAUGAACAGGAACAGCGUGAACGCAAGACUGAGGAUCCCCAGCACGUCCACGCGCCUCAGUUUCUCCCGCCACGUGAGCUGCACCCUCGUAACCGGCGGCAAGUUCAGGUUGAACAGACACAGCAGGAAGCAGCCGAUGCCGAUCGGACACUGCAUCCAGAACACCGUGCGCCAGCCGUACCGCUUCGCAACCAGGCCGCCGAACGUCCCGCACGCAGAGCCCGUGCCGUAGCACAGGUUGGCGAGCCCCUGGUACACGCCGCGCUUGCGCAGCGGCACAAGAUCGCUCAUCGUGAUGCUGCCCAGAGUAUUCAGGCCAGAGGCAAAGCCCGACAGAAAACGGCCGACCGCAAAGCCCACGGCGGUCGUCGCGGCCGCGCACUGGAAACAGCCGACCGUGAACACAAACACACAGCCCAGAAUCAUGGGCUUGCGGCCAAAAAUGUCCGACAGCUUGCCCAACGGCUGGAUAAUGGAAGACGCCAGCAAAUAGGACGUCGCGAUCCACGAAAGAUACGGAAUCGCGUCCAGGUCCGACGCGAUUUCCGUCAUGAUCGUAGACAGAAUGGUGGUGUCCAUGGACGCCAGGAACGUGAGCGAGAAAAUGCACGGGAGAAUCACGUACAGCUGUCGCUUGGGAACAAGGUACUCGUCGGAGCCGUCUUGCUCGGGCGGCACGGCGCCGUAGCCGGAGUCGAGCUCCUCGGUGAGCUCCUCGGCGACGUAGCCGGGCAGCGAGGUCGAGGCGUCGCGCAGGAGCGGCGAUUGAGGCGUGGUCAUGUAGAGCAGACAGCGCACAGGUAG